AUGGACGAGGAGCCGAUAGAAUUUCUUGUUGCCCGGCGCUCAAGACGAAGCACGGCAGGGAAUCGGAUGGAGGCAGCCCUUGCCGAAAUGGCUUUGGAUGACGCGGACAAGGAUCUCGAGGAUGAUAAAGAAUUUGUUGACGACAAGGAGGAGCAAGAUGUCUUCGGGUCUGAUUUUGAGAGCACUGAUGAGGAGGCUGAGCAACAGGGUGUGGAUGCUGGAGAAACCAUGAUUCAAGAGGAAGAACAACGGGCCAGGAGGACUGCACGGUCCAGGGUAGAGAAGGCAACUGCUAUUGCUCAUGAGAGGCAGAAAGCUACAUUCAAUCCACAAGCAGAAGCUUCCGCAUCUGUGAUCAAGCAUAAAGCCAAGGUCCGAUCCCAACGACAAGUCUCACUUCGGGACGCAACUGAUACGGCGGAUGGGGAGACUGUUGAGCACGACUCCAAAAAUGUUCCCACGGGGAAGAAACGAAAGAGCAAACGGAAGCACACGAUCCUUAGCACAUCUGCCGCAGUCGCACGACAGAAAGAGUCUGAGCAAAGGAAGGCUGCCGCGCCGAAGAAGAUCAAAAAUAUAACAAGGACACUCACGCAGGCCGAACUCAUUGCUCGUGCACUCGAUAACGAAGAGGGGAACAUCGUCGAGCACCGAGAUUACCUCAAAGUAGAGGAAGAAAAACGGAAAAGGGCUCGUGUUGUCCGCGCGACUGUGCACGGGCCCCUGCUGCGCUGGGUAAGCAAAGUCGAAGAAAUUGAGGUUGUCGAGGAAGCACCUGCGCCUGUCCCAACAUUUGCGGGUACAGCUUCGUCAAUUUACGGCACUGGACUUGCUCCUUACCAAGGGCUUCCUUGGAUUGCAUCAACUUCUACAACCAACGCAAUGGCAUCAGCUGCACCUCCACAGUUUCCGGGUUCUCCUUUUCCAGCAUGGCCGCCGUUCCCAUCUUUUCCUCAAUCAACACCACUUCUCGCACCUCCGACUCUGCCCACUCAACCUGCAACGCUACCAGAACCCAGAAAAAGAACAGAAAAAGUGGCCAAGAAUUAUCUCAUUCACGAACUCGCACAAUAUACCGACGCUCCUAAAGCAACGUGGAACGACACCAUGAAAGCAAUGUUCGGCGACCACGUCAAGUGGGACGAACUCAAAGUCUACACAACCAAGGGCCGGCCAUUAUCUCGUCCCAUACAGUCAUGUCCCAUUACGGGGAAGCCUGCGAUAUACUUUGACCCAAGGACAGGCGUGCCGUUUGCCGAUGUUGCAGCUUUUGAUGUGCUCACGCGCUUGUUGGCCCACGAAUAUGUUUGGAGCCCUGAGUUAGGUUGUUACACUGGGAAGGAGGAACCACCCCCCGAGCAAGAAGAGGUAGGGGAUGCGGACAGGGUUCGGAAGACCCGCAGUACAGUGAUGAUUGCUGAGGGCGAGGACUGA